GGGGAAGGUGGUGCUGGGGUACACAGAAACGGAGCUGUGCAGGAGAGGGUCUGGCUACCAGUUCGUGCACGCGGCUGACAUGAUGCACUGCGCCGAGAACCACGUCAGGAUGAUGAAGACGGGGGAGAGCGGGCUGACGGUGUUCAGGCUGCUGACCAAGAAGAGGGGCUGGGUGUGGGUGCAGGCCAACGCCUGGCUGGUCUACAAGGGGGGGGAGCCCGACUUCAUCGUGGCCCGGCAGCGAGCCCUCUCGAAUGAAGAAGGGGAGGAACAUCUGCAGAAGAGAAACCUGCAGCUGCCUUUUAGCUUUGCCACAGGGGAAGCCGUUUUGUAUGGGAAUGAUCUUCCCAAGUUCCUGGACUCCUUCCAGGCUAAGGAGGAGCUGCAGACACGAGGGAACUCCCUCUCCAAGCAGCGCUCAGUAGACCCCAACUCUCUUCUUGGGGCAAUGAUGAAGCAGGACGAGUCCCUCUACAUCUCCCAGGCUGCUAACGUGCCUCAGUUCUCCUCCUUGCCCCGUGGGCUGAGCCAGAAGGAGGAAGUCAGUGAUGCCAAGGAGGACAGCGACCCCCUCCUGGUCGUUAUUGAAACCCUCUUUGAGAAGAAUGAGGCAGAAGGAAACAUCUCCCAGACCCUCCAGAGCCUCCACGUGGACAGCACAGAGCUGCAGAGGUGGGAGGAGGCUCUGCUCAGCUUGGGCACAGAGGAGGAGCUGCCAGCUCAGGAGGUUCACAAGAGUCUAGGCACUGAGGUGGCAUCCUACGUGGAGCACACGCUCCUCGGGGAGGAUGCCAGGAGGGACAUGGACCUCCCACGCUGUGGUGGGUCACCCUGCGAUGAGGAACACGGCGCUGUGGCUCAUUUCCAGCACUGCUGGGCAACUAACUCGGCCUUUCAAGCCCCACCACAGCCCCAGGCACCUGGUGCACGUGGCCAAAAUGCUGUGGGCUCUCUGGUCUCCGUGAUGUCUGAGGUUGGCUCUGGUCAACCAGAGCAGCAGGUCCUAUUUAACCCAGUUGGGCUGGUGGAAGGGCCUGUUCUGGAUGUCUCAGUCUCCAGUGGAGAGUCUUCUGUAGCACUUCAGCUGAGAAACCUGGGCCAAGUGCUUCAAGGAGAAGUUACCACCUCUGCUUCUGUAGAUAUUCCUAGUGACCAGAGCCAGCCUGGGGGCAAGCUGGUGGGCUCAAGCUGCCCACCUCCACUGCACUCCAACACACUCGUGACUCAGUGGCACCACGUCCCCCUCCAGCCACACCCAACCCAUGUUUUGGGUCAGAGCUCUUCUCCUGGAGGUUGCCCACCAGACCGUUGGAUGGCCGUAGCUCCGAAACAGCUGGAAAGGGCAGGAACACACCUGGAGUCCCAAAUUCUGCUGCCUGGCAGCCCCCAUGGCUCCUCGGGGACCAGGCUGUGGUUGCUGCCCUCUCAUCCUGCGCCUUGCCCUGCUCAGGGCUUGAGUGAGCCCUUGUUCUGUGGGGCUGGGGAUGAGGGGAGUGACCUGGGAGGCAGCCAGCUCCCAGGGGGUGGUGGCUUCCCCAAACAGCCCCUGGUAGCCCACGGGGAGCCCAGCUUCUCCUGGGAAGGGGAGCAGGGGGUGCUCCCAGAGGACAAGUGGUUCAGGCAGCACCAGCCCCGACUCCUGCAGGCUGGAGGAGCUCCUCAGAGACGUGGUGGGGCAGGACUUCUGCUGGGCUCCAGCACCCCCCGGGGGGAUCAGGUCGUGCUACCCGAGUGCCAGUAUGGAAAUGACCUUUUCAGACACCAGACCAGCUUUUCCAGCGACGUCUCCAAAAUACCCUUUCCCCAGCAGCCAGGCACGUUGUCUUCUCCUGGUGACAGCCACCCCGGAGCGUCCUCAUCCUCACCAGGCUCACUUUGGGGGUUCUCAGCAGCUCUCCCCACCAAGGUGGGUGCAGGAGCGCUGCCCUCCUUGGAGCAGGGCCCUGGUUUCCCAUCGGAGGCCUUGGCGGGUGGGCAACCGCUCUGUGGCUGCGAGGUGCAGCUGAAGGUGAGGUGUGAGGGCUGCAGGACCUGA